CACAAGUCUCGUUUAUUAAAGCUAAGAGUUGCUCCUUCAGAAACUGUUACGACUGAUGUUCUUCGUUUUAAUCAUGAUAAUGUUAAACCAUCCAAACAUAGUAAAUAUGAUAGAAGUCGUUGAUGACCCAAAUACAUAUCAUUUCUACAUGGUUCUUGAAUACAUUGAGGGCAAAUGGAUCUUUGAGGGAUCUGGACCUCCAGGCUGCUUAGGAGAACAAGUUUCAAGGAGUUAUUUGUAUCUCCAUUCUCAUGGAACUAAAAGCAAGGUUAAAGGGUGUGCAUGGGUAAAAAGGAAUUGGUUUGAUGGCUUAAAGAAACUUGAGGCAUCAAUCACAUUCAUUGGUGGAGCCUGUUCUGUUCGAUUCCAUCUUUGA